AGCAUCCCCUGCGAUACUAAAAUGGCGGCUUUCGAGUGGCCCUGGCAGUAUAAGUUCCCACCAUUCUUUACAAUACAACCAAAUUUGGAGACUCGGAAGAAACAGCUGGAAGCUUGGUGUUCUUUGGUACUUUCUUAUCAGCGACAUUCAAAGAGUUACAAUUUAGAUGUUACAGAGGCACAGAACUCAGAACUUUUCCACAAUAAGGCCAUUAGUAGGAAGUUGUCAGUUGAUGCAAUAUAUACAGUCCUAGAUGAACUAAGAAAAAGAGGUCAUAUAGAAUGGCAGGACAAGAUGAAAAAGCAGUGUUUAGUCAUGUGGAGGACACCAGAAGAGUGGGGAAAAUUAAUCUACAAUUGGGUAUCAGCUAAUGGAAUGAAUAACACUGUUUGCACAUUUUAUGAACUUACUGAUGGAGAGAAUACUGUUGGUGAAGAAUUUCACGGAAUGGAGAAAUGGUUGCUGGUGAGAGCACUCAAAACUCUGGAGCAAUCUGGUAAAGCUGCCAUCAUGGAAGAAGGAGUCAAGUUUUUCUAGAGAGAAAGGACCAGCAAAACACGAGGGUAUCUGGCAAUUAAGAAAGGCAAAUCAAGACCAUGGGGUUUCUGGGAUGGCUUGCUGGAAAGAAGUUUAUUGUGCAUGGUGUUAGAGGCCUAUUCAAGACCGAUUAAGGAAGACCCUUGUACAGCAGCUGACCGUAUUUUUGAGAUGAACAUUUGAAUUCCUUCAUAGCUGCUGUUAAGAAAGUUAAUGUGGGUAUUAUAAUACAUUGGAAGUUGGAUGAUAUGAGAAGUCUGUCAUUUCUCUUGUUUCAGCACUGUCAUGUUGACUGCCUUCUACUCUCAGAGAAACAAAUCUUUAUGAAUUUUCAGCUCAUCUCUUGGUCUGCUGUAGAUAUUUUUUCCUGCAUGCCUUUGCUCCUUGUCUGUGUCUCGUUUUCUAUCACAGUGGUUUCUGGAAACAACAGAGAUAGCAAACUGGUAUCCUUGUACCUUGUUAAAAAAAGAAGCACUUUGGUCUCAUGACAUGAUAUGGAGCAUUUCGUACAAACAUGCAUGCAUGUCACUAGAUGGCAGCAGAACUCUGCCCCUGGGAUUCAGGUUACCCCAUUUAAAGUUUCAUGUUAAAUGUUAUUCCUAGUAAGAGAGUGAAAGAAACACAAAUUGGGUUUAAAUGACGGAUAUUUUGCAUACUGUAUCACAAAAUAUGUUUUCAUUGCAAAAGAAUAUCAAAACAUAGUGGUCGUCACAUUGUUAUCCCUGUAUAGAUUCAUCUUCAUUCAACAGUGAUUAUCAUGAGGCUGAGGAAGGCUUCAGAAAGAUUGCAGGUUUUAGGGGUCAACUUUCCUUAAACUUUAUAAAAAUUAAAUUUAUAAUGGUGUACUUAUCAUCGGUAAGAAUGUUUUUCAUGGGUGGUUGCAUGUUUUUUUUGAGUUUUAAGUCAUUAUGCAUUUGUGUAUGCCGCUUUGUGGAGACUUUUAACGUAAAUAAAUUGUAUGUGAUUUUUAUAUGCAAUUAAGUCAGUCUUGUUUUUGAAUUAAUAGUUUGUCAGCUGAGGAAACAUCGAUAGUGAUUGCAAAGAUGUAAAAGUGACAGUUUCUUACCGUCAUGUAAGAGAAAUCAAAAAUCAAUUAUAUGUCUGUUUACAUUUUGGUAGUGUAACUGAGUGGUUUGUGGGGUCACGGUCACAGUAAGCAAACGUUUCCCCUAACAACAAGAGAGCCAGCAGAUGUUCUACUCUUGAUUAAAUGGGCUCAAAAAAU